ACCCACAAUCCUUCGCGGCGGCGUCAAUUAAAAAAAGAAAAAUACAUCCAUAUCUCUGUUAGCAGAGCUAGCGAGCUGCAGAGCCUCGGAGCUUUGUGACAAAACGGAUACCUAUUUUUAUUUUUUAAUAAAAAGCAACAAUUUUCCAAACGCAAGAUAUCGAUCGAAGCGCGAGUUCGGAACCAGAAGCACCGACAUCUGACCUCCUUCUCCCCGAGCGAUCGCCUCCAUGGAUCAGGACUACGAGCGCCGACUUCUGCGGCAGAUCAACGUCCAAAAUGACAACGCCAGCCCCAUCAAAGUCACAGACGUGAUCCGUCACCUGACACCCACCAAGUCACCCAUGUCCUCGCCCAGCAAGCAUGGGGAUCGCUUCAUACCAUCGCGAGCAGGAGCCAACUGGAGUAUCAACUUCCACAGGAUCAAUGAAAACGAAAAGUCGCCAAGCCAGAAUAAGAAAACCAAGGACGCCACCUCCGACACCGGAAAAGCAGCGGACGGUUUGGCGUACUCUGCACUCCUGAAGAACGAGCUGCUCGGAGCCGGGAUCGAGAAAGUGCAGGACCCCCAGACUGAAGACAGGAGGCUGCAGCCUUCCACACCGGAGAAAAGAAGUCUCUUUAACUAUACUCUCAGUGCCAAGAGAGCCACACCUGAUGACGGUAACGUCGUCUCUCCCUACUCUCUGUCCCCUGUCAGCAGUAAAAGUCAAAAGUUGCUCCGUUCACCUCGGAAGCCGACUCGCAAAAUCUCCAAGAUCCCGUUCAAGGUGCUCGACGCACCAGAGCUGCAAGACGACUUCUACCUCAACCUGGUGGACUGGUCUUCCUUAAACGUGCUCAGCGUCGGCCUGGGGACCUGCGUCUAUCUGUGGAGCGCCUGCACAAGCCAGGUAACGCGGCUGUGCGACCUGUCUGUAGAGGGAGACUCGGUCACGUCGGUCGGCUGGUCAGAGAGAGGGAAUCACGUUGCAGUGGGAACACACAAAGGAUUUGUACAGAUCUGGGACGCGGCAGCCGGGAAGAAACUGUUCACACUCGAGGGACACACCGCCCGAGUCGGUGCGUUGGCGUGGAACGCAGAUCAGCUUUCCUCAGGCAGCAGGGACCGUAUGAUCCUGCAGAGGGACAUCAGGACGCCGCCGCUGCAGUCCGAGCGCAGGCUCCAAGGCCACAGGCAGGAAGUGUGUGGACUUAAAUGGAGCACCGACCACCAGCUGCUGGCCUCCGGAGGAAAUGAUAACAAGCUGCUGGUGUGGAAUCACUCGAGCGUGGCGCCUGUUCAGCAGUACACCGAGCAUUUAGCGGCGGUCAAGGCCAUCGCGUGGUCUCCUCACCAACACGGCCUGCUGGCGUCCGGAGGAGGAACAGCUGACCGCUGCAUCCGCUUCUGGAACACGCUCACGGCUCAGCCACUCCAGUGCAUCGACACCGGCUCCCAGGUCUGCAACCUGGCCUGGUCUAAACACACCAACGAACUGGUCAGCACACAUGGUUACUCACAGAACCAGAUCCUAGUGUGGAAAUAUCCGUCUCUCACUCAGAUAGCCAAACUGACCGGUCACUCAUACAGAGUGCUUUAUCUGGCGAUGUCUCCGGACGGCGAGGCCAUUGUGACCGGGGCGGGCGACGAGACGCUACGUUUCUGGAACGUCUUUAGCAAAACCCGAUCAACGAAGGAGUCGGUGUCUGUCUUAAACCUGUUCACCAGAAUACGGUGAAGGCGUGGCUGCGUCACACCCUCAUCUCGCCAGCCACUCACGGAUACGACGCCGUAAAGCCGAGGACGCCGCGUCAAUCUUUCAUUUGUACAGUUCUU